AUGGCAACAACUAUAAACUCAUGGUCAUCCAAAGCUCCAGCAGAACUUAAACUAGAACCUUCAGGAAAUCCUAAAAAUACAACAAUAAAUAUUUCAGAUAAUUCUCUUCUGAAUAAAAAAAUUAACCUUCUUCAGACUAUGGUCGAUAAGCUUGAAUCAGAAAAAGAAUCACUCACCUACACAUGCUCAGAUUUAAAACAGCUACUUCAAUGCGUAGCUAAACAGCAUGAUAAGGAAGCAGAAAGGAAACGCAAUGAGACAAAAGAAUUGUGCAACAAAAUUAAACAAUUGGAGAAUGCUUUAAAUAUUUCAGAAAUUCAUUCAAGCCAUCUUCAAUCGGUGAGGUGUUUUUGGGAAGAUUUUGUUGAUAAUUAG